AUGGAUGGAAUUAAGCCGUCUACAAGUUAUGAAGGGUUCGACAGUGUGCCGCCUAAUGCGAAAGAUCUCGUUAAACGCCUAUUUGAUGCAGUAGAUAUAGUCCAGAAGCCGCUGCAAAAAAUGACUGAAUUAGAUGUCGUCUACCAAGCGGUCAUGCGAGAAGUAGAGAGAAUUCAGGUUACUUUAAAUGAAGGACUGAUGGAAAUGAGUCGCGAAAAAGUUGAUGAAAUGUUUGAUACCUUGGAAAACGAGCUACGUAUGGCGCAACACCUAGCAUUUUGGAAGUCAGGCGUCAUGUUUGACGUAGACACGAAGUUGCAAAACUUGAUUGGUCGACAAACUGAUCCGCAACAAAGCAAGCAACCGGUAGCCAAGCCAAAAGGGCCUCGAUCAAAACGUCAUGCUCCAAGAGAAAAUAUACGUCGGAUUGAAAGAGACACACGAUCCCAAUCUGUCGUAAAAGGAAAGGGAAAAGAUUCUCCUUCUCCACCGGCAGUAUCAGAUCAGUAUUUAUCAGGACGUCGCAGGAAAAUAAAAGUAUCGGAAAUGAGUGAGGGGCGUUCGAUGCAAAAGAAACGCGGUGCAGGAAGACCGCGUUUGCCGAGGAAACCUCGCCAAGCAACUUCUGCUAUAGCAGAAACAGCAGAGGACGAAAAUAAUCUCGAUCCCUUGUAUUGUCUCUGUCGGCAAGUUUCUUAUGGUGAUAUGAUUCUUUGUGAAAAUAAAAAAUGUAACGAGUGGUAUCAUUUUCCAUGUGUCCAAUUGAGGCAGAAACCGAAAGGUAAGUGGUAUUGCCCACAUUGUCGUGGAGAUCGAUGCGAUGUGAUCAAUCCUGAUUUGAUAGACUGA